AUGACGAAGCUCUCCUCUCAUGCGUUCGCGUCGUCGCUCGCCCGCCAGGUCGCUCGUUUCUUCGCGGCGUCGUCGCACUCAGCUGAAGCGGCGACGGCGGGUGCGGCGGCUGCGGCAUCGCCGGUUCCCAAGCAGCAAGCGCUCCGCGCCACGGCGGCGACUUCUCACUGGAACGAUCUCGGCGAGAGCUCGUCUGCCCGCAGCAGCGGCAGCGCGCGUUCGCUGCAUGGCCAGUUUCUCACCUUCCUCUUGUGCUCCCGUCCCCUCUCUCCUCCCCUUCAGUGCUCGAAAUCCCCCUCCAACGCCCAUCUGUCGGACGCUCUGCGCAUGCUGCAGCAUGCGGGCUCCUCUCAGCAACGCCAGUCAGGGACGCAGCGGCUGGGCAGUUCGCGCUUCACGUAUACUGCCCCUCCUUUAAGUCUGUCUUCCUGCCCUUUCCCAUCUUUCCUGCCUUUCCUGCGUUUGCUCUUCUUCCCGUCCCUUCCCGCUCCAGUGCUCGAAAUCCCCUCCAACGCCCAUCUGCCGGACGCUCUGCGCAUGCUGCAGCAUGCGGGCCUCACAGCAGCGCCAGUCAGGGACGUGGUGCUCGAGGUCCCCUCCAACGCCAAACUAUCAGACGCUCUGCGCAUGCUGCAGCACGCGGGCCUCACAGCAGCGCCAGUCAGGGACGUGGCGGUGGGGGAUGACGCGCCUCUGCAGCAGCGGUACCUGGGCAUGGUGGAUGGCGCUGGAAUCGUCUACCCGGCCCUCACAGCAGCGCCAGUCAGGGACGUGGGGGUGGGGGACGACGCGCCCUUGCAGCAGCGGUACCUGGGCAUGGUGGAUGGCGCUGGGAUUGUUCUCUGGGUCAUGGGGCAGCAGCGGUACCUGGGCAUGGUGGAUGGUGCGGGGAUUGUGCUGUGGGUGAUGGGGCAGCUCAACCGAUCUUCCAUUGAGGUUCGCAUGGAGGCAGCAGCAGGAGGAGGGCUGGCAGGACUAGCAGUGGCAGGGCUGGGCGCAGCAUCAGUGGAGCAAAUGUCUGAAAUACUGCCCCAUGCCCAUUCGCCCCUUCCCCAGCUCAACCAAUCUUCCAUUGAGGUUCGCAUGGCGGCAGCAGCAGGAGGAGGGCUGGCGGGAAUGGCGUUUGGAGGGCUGGGAGCAGCAGUGCUGGGCGCGCCAGAUGUCGCCACGCUGGCAGCCAUGUGGGCAGGAUCGAUGGCGGGAGGUCUGCUGGGCGCCACGUCAGCAGAGGCGCCAGGGGAGGGGGAGGCGGGGGGAGGGGUGGAGCGCCUGAGGGUGUCGGCUGGGGGACUGGAUCGUCUGCUGCAGGGGAGUCUGUUUCAGACUGCCAAGGUGUCUGACCUGGUGGGCUCCUUCCGCUGGCGCUCCUUCCUGCCCCUCGCUUCCUCCGACUCUGUCCUCUCUCUCAUGCUCCUCCUCGCCAUGCCCCACCGCCCCCAAGUCCUUCCCAUCGUCACCUACCCUCCCACCUCCUCCGCUCCCUUCUCCUCCUCUCCCUCCUCCGCCUCUCCCACCUCAUCUCCCGGGCCUGCAGCCGCAACUUCGUCGGCAGGCUCGGGGCCAGCCGCGGUGCCGAGCCUGUCAGCUCUGGUGUCGCAGGCGGAUGUGGUGAAUUUCCUGGCGGAGUGUGACGGGCAGCCGUGGUUUGAGUGGGUGGCGGGAAGGAGUCUGCAAGACAUGGGGCUGCCAAGAAUGGGUGCAGAAGCAACUGUGAAGGUGAGUUGA